AUUUUAGUGAGCCUCCUCACAUAUAUCCCUUUAGUUCGUAGAGAGAUUUCAUAACGUUUAAAGAACGAAAGUGGCGAGGCGACACAUAUCAACCGUCCUCUCGAAUAUCUUAAUCUGAUUUGAAGAAAUCGAAAGGAUAAUAUACAAAAUAGUGUUAAAAUAUACCUAGUUUCGUUUUUAAUUUGUUUGUGCCACUAUUUUAUCGUUAGAUUUCAUUAAGAGUGAGCAUAAUCAUGUCUACUGGAAUUGAACGAGAAUUAGUUGAUACUCUUAACUUAAGAAACAAACGUAACGAUGAGAAUAUUGAAAUGCCGGGAAUCAAUAGCUCUUCGGAUGCAGUUCCAACUAAAACACUGUCAACAGCAUUAACUGCAACUUCGCAUCAGGUGGCAAAAUCACAUAACGUUCCUGAACGUGGUUCAUGGUCUUCGAAAUUAGAUUUUAUUUUAUCAGUUGUUGGUCUAGCUAUCGGCUUAGGUAAUGUCUGGCGUUUCCCUUAUCUGUGCUACAAAAAUGGAGGAGGAGCGUUUUUGGUGCCAUAUUUCGUAACACUUAUUUUGGCUGGUAUACCAAUGUUUUUUAUGGAACUUGCACUUGGACAAAUGUUAACAAUAGGUGGACUUGGAGUCUUUAAAAUUGCUCCUAUAUUUAAGGGUAUAGGAUACGCUGCUGCAGUAAUGUCUUGUUGGAUGAACGUUUAUUACAUCGUUAUUUUGGCAUGGGCAACCUUUUACUUUUUUAUGUCUAUGAGAGCAGAUGUUCCAUGGCGUACGUGCAAUAAUGUAUGGAACACAAUAAAUUGUGUUAAUCCUUAUGAAAGAAAGGAGCUUCUAUGUUGGGAUCAAGUGAGCAAAGUAAAUGGAACAAUUAAGAAGAUUUGUUCAGUAGCAGCUAGUAAUGUAUCAGCUUCUGAAUUAUCCGAUCCAGUUAAGGAGUUCUGGGAACGUCGUACACUUCAAAUUUCUCCUGGAAUUGAUCAAGUUGGUAGUAUUCGAUGGGAAUUAGCUGGAACUCUAUUGACUGUGUGGAUCUUGUGCUACUUUUGUAUAUGGAAAGGAGUUAAAUGGACUGGCAAAGUGGUUUACUUUACUGCACUAUUUCCCUAUGUUUUAUUGACUGUUUUACUUAUUCGUGGAAUCACUCUGCCUGGAGCCUUAGACGGAAUAAAGUUCUAUGUUAUACCAAACUUUUCAAAAUUAUCAGAAUCAGAGGUAUGGAUUGAUGCAGUUACACAAAUCUUCUUCUCCUAUGGACUCGGAUUGGGUACCCUCGUUGCUCUCGGAAGUUACAACAAGUUUACAAAUAACGUCUACAAAGAUGCUCUGAUUGUUUGUUCAGUAAAUUCCAGCACAAGUAUGUUCUCAGGAUUUGUAAUAUUUUCAAUAAUUGGGUUUAUGGCUCACGAACAGCAGAGGCCAGUUGCUGAAGUAGCUGUUUCCGGGCCUGGACUUGCGUUCUUAGUCUAUCCAUCAGCUGUAUUACAAUUGCCUGGAUCGCCGUUGUGGUCAUGCUUAUUCUUCUUUAUGAUACUUUUAAUCGGAUUGGAUUCACAGUUUUGUACAAUGGAAGGUUUUAUAACUGCAAUUAUUGAUGAAUGGCCACAACUGUUAAGAAAGCGCAAAGAGAUCUUUAUUGCCGUAGUUUGUAUGCUUAGUUAUUUGGUUGGGUUAACGUGCAUCACACAGGGAGGAAUGUACAUAUUUCAAAUUCUCGACUCAUAUGCUGUUAGUGGUUUUUGCCUGCUCUGGCUGAUUUUCUUCGAAUGUGUUUCAAUUUCAUGGUUCUAUGGAGUUGAUCGUUUCUACGAUGGCAUCAAGGAUAUGAUUGGAUAUUAUCCAAUAGGUUGGUGGAAGUUCUGCUGGUGUUUUACAACUCCGAUGAUUUGUUUUGGUGUAUUUAUAUUUAAUUUAGUCCAAUGGACCCCAGUUAAAUAUUUGGGCUACAGCUACCCACUUUGGGCUCAAGCCUUUGGAUGGUUUACAGCACUGUCAUCAAUGCUUUAUAUUCCUGCAUACAUGAUUUGGCUUUGGAAUAAGACACCCGGAGACAAAGAAACUAAAAUUGGACUUAUCGUUAGAAUAGCCGAUGAUGUGAAGAGCCUUCGUGCAAAAAUGCAACAAGAAAGUGCAAAACAAAUGGAAGAUAUGUAUUCAUUGUAAAAUGGUUUAAUUACAUAAGAUUUUAUCAACUUAGAAAAAAUCGAAACAAAGUUAAAUUUAUUUAUUCGGGCGCAAAACUAAACGAAUUUUUACAAAGUAAAAUUAAAUUAAUAACUAUAAAAUAUUAAGAAUAAUUUAUAUGUUCUAAAACAAUAUAAAAAGAAUAUGCACAAGUCAUGCAGUUUUAUAAAACGCCAAAUUUAAUAUAAGUUUAAAAAAAUAAAACAAACAUACAAAAUAAAACACCAAAAUGUUUUAAUAUU